GAGCUGCACCGCCUGCCUGUACGUGGGACGCGGCGCCCAGGGGCAGGAGAGCAAAGGGACGCGGCGAUGGCUCCGCGGGGACUCCCGGGGUCCGCCGUCCUCGCCGCUGCUGUCUUCGUGGGAGGCGCCGUGAGUUCGCCGCUGGUGGCCCCGGACAAUGGGGGCAGCCACACGUUACACUCCAGAACAGAGACCACCCCAUCGCCCACCAACAAUACUGGGAAUGGACACCCAGAAUAUAUUGCAUAUGCACUUGUGCCCGUGUUCUUUAUCAUGGGGCUCUUUGGCGUCCUCAUCUGCCACCUGCUUAAGAAGAAAGGCUAUCGUUGUACAACAGAAGCCGAGCAGGACAUCGAAGAGGAAAAGGUCGAAAAGAUAGAAUUGAAUGACAGUAUGAAUGAAAAUAGUGACACCGUUGGACAAAUUGUCCACUACAUCAUGAAAAACGAAGCAAAUGCUGCUGUUUUAAAUGCAAUGGUAGCAGAUAACAGUGUGUGUGAUCCUGAAAGCCCUGUGACCCCCAGCACUCCUGGGAGCCCGCCAGUGAGUCCUGGGCCUUUGUCACCUGGAGGCACCCCAGGGAAACACAUCUGUGGCCACCAUCUGCACACAGUGGGAGGUGUUGUCGAGAGGGAUGUGUGUCAUCGGUGUAGGCACAAGCGAUGGCACUUCAUAAAACCCAGUACCAAGUCCAAAGAGGGCCGGCCAAGACGCCAAGGAGAGGUCACCGUUCUCUCUGUUGGCAGGUUUAGAGUUACAAAAGUGGAACACAAAUCAAACCAGAAGGAGCGGAGGAGUUUGAUGUCUGUUAGUGGGACCGAAAGCGUCAAUGGGGAGGUGCCUGUGACACCUGUGAAGAGAGAACGAAGUGACACAGAGUAGCAGCAGUGACUUUAUUUGAAGAGCUCUAAGAGACUGAAACCUUUCAAGAUAUGAAGUUGCCUAGGGAAUAUUUUUAUAUAUUUUUUAUACAAUUUCUGUCCUGGAGUCAGCAGGCAUGUGGAUAAAAACCUAAAAGGGAAUAGUGUUGCUGUGCUGGAUACAGAAUUCAGUUCGCUUUGAAACAAGUUUUGGUUUAGAAAGUCUGAUGAAAAAUGUAUUACAUUUCCAGGGAAAGGAAAGAGUUCAUAUUUAUUUCCCCAGCCAUCCCCUGGCCACCACCGCUCCCAGCCCCCAUCCUGCCCUUGUUGUACACACUGCAGUGUUUCCAUUAUGACCACUGUGUACAGUGAAACUAUUCAUGUACAGUCGGCGUGUGUGUGUGUGUGUGUUUCUGUUUCUGUUCCCCCAACUCUUCUAUCUUAUUUUGAUAUUAAUUGUAAGAAGAUCUUCAUACUUACAGUUUAACUGUUAUAAAAGAUAAAAGAUGAAUCCUUGGUGGCAGAAGGCCCUUGGAAAUAAUCUAGGCCAGCCCUGAGAAAUUAAUCCCCCAAGUGACCGUGGAGUCAGAAGGGACCAGAUGCUAGGCUUUGGAUUCCUAGACCAAGAAUUAAGUGUUAACUCCCACUACCACUCUGCCACUCCUUGGUCACUUACUAAAAAUAUCGAGAGUGUUUUUGUUGUUGUUUUGUUUUAACUUGAGCUUAAGCAAUUCUUAUUUAGUUCACUGAAUAAAGGGGAAAACAGUUUAAAGUCACUAAAAUAAAUUCUUGUUUUGACAACCCAAGGCUAAAACAAAAAAAAAGAACCCACUUCUCAUUCAAGAUGGGCCACACCUACCUCUGGCAUGUUUUUCUUGGUGUACUUCCUGUUUUCUCUCUUGUACGCGAUGCUCAUUAUUUAACUCCUUGGGGUUACUUUUCCUGUAGGCCUGGCAGACCCUACUUUUGUUGUUGUUUGUUUUUUAGCUUUACAUUUUGCUAAACACCUGUAAGAACCCAGAGGCAAUGAUAGUAGUACAUUAUUUAUGCUAGGUCUGGGGUGAAGGGUAGGGCAGCCCUGUUACAGGGAAAUCUCCAAGACCUGGGUUCAUGUCAGUGUUGAUGGUGUGCCUUGGGCAUUUCUUUUAUUCCAAAGCACAUUUCUCAUUUAGCUCCCAAAAGAUGAUUUCCAUAAUAAUAUACUUCAUAGUAUCUACUGUAAAUAUAGUUAUUUGAUUCUGUUUCCGGCAUCAAACUAAAAAUAUCUAACAUUUCAAAUGAAUGGUAGAUUCAAUUUCAUGUGAAUUUUUACUGACAGCAAAUAAGUGGCGUAUGCAUAUACAUUCAUAUACACAGUGGAACAGAAGAAGUCAGUGUGGAGAUAAGUUCCACUGAGGUCCAGAAAGUAGCAAUAUGGGAAUUUUAAUGGUGUGUAUUAGUGUACAUAACAUAUUUGUGGUCUAGGCCAAUAGUUUUACUUAAAAACAAACAAUAAGUAUAAUUUUUUUUGCUUUAAAAAUACUACACCCUCAAAAUAGUGAGGGAUAAAAUGUAAGUUAUCCUUAAGCUUUAAUUAUUCAAGUCAGGGCACUUUUUAAAAAUAGCAAUAUGACAGGCAAGAGAAUACUCAAAAAUAUUUAAAAUUGUAUUUAUACCAAGAGUACAUUUUAAGUAUUUUCUAAUACUUGAGCAGCUUUUGUCUGGCUGGCUUUCAAACAUGCCAAAAAUUAAGCAUUCAAUAUUUUCAACACAUAAGCUUUUUACCAGUUUAUAUUGUACAAUCGGAUGAGAAUUCUUAAGUGUUCCCAAAGUAACUGAUGUUUACUGGUCUUGUUGCUUUUCCUCCUUCUUUAGAAGGAUUGGGGAUCUACAAUAAACUUACUGUACAAAACACUAAUGAUGGACAGCUUCUUGGUGUCAUAAAUGAGUUGGCUACCACCUUGAUGUAAAAAUUUGUAAAGGAAAAUUUUUCACCAUUUUGAGUGUCAAAUGUAUUUUUAACUGUCUGGUUUGUACUUUUACGACUUUUGUACUACCAAAGCAGACUUAAAAAUAAAAAUGUUAAACACUGUGUUUUGAACGA